AGUAGGGUUACUCUUGACGCGGUCGAGUUACGAUCAAAAUCGAAUUGACAUCGAGAAUCAGUAAUUUGGUACUCUGGAAAACGACCGAAGCGCCAAUCGAGUUGUGGUCGAAUAGUGAACUACUUGAAAUCGAAAACCGCCGUUAUGUCUUACUCUCGACACUAUCGAGAUCGAGUUAUGCUCAUGUUUAAAUCGAAAACAUACGUCAAAUCACACGAUUCACAAGACGCUACUUUUUUGAAAUCAAAAGUUUGUUUUCAAGAUUAAAUUAUAGAAAAUAGCAGGAUGGCUCGACUUGCAGCACAAUUAAAUUUAUUGGAUGAAGCUGAGAGAGUUGACGCACGCCAAAGAAGAAGAAGAACGCAAAUAGCACGUUAUUGUGCAGCAGCUAUAGAAAUUGGCGAUGAAGAAUUUGUGGCAAACUAUCGAAUAACAAAAGAAAUUUUUUUGGAGCUUGUGGAGGUGCUCUCCCCAUACUUAAAGGCACCUUCUCGCAGAAGUGAUAUUCCCAUAAAAUUUAAGAUAUUGGUUGCUCUCUCUUUUUAUGCAUCAGGCAGUUAUCAACGUAUCGUAGGAAGGAACUAUGGUACUGCAAUGUCACAGCAGUCAGUGUCAAGGUGUAUCAAAGAGGUGACCGAUGCGUUCAACCAAAUAAUAAUUCUACAAAAAUAUAUAAAGUUCCCUACUAAUGUUAAUGAACGGAAUGCUAUAAAGAUGAAAUUCUAUGAAAAAUAUGGAAUACCCGGUGUUAUUGGUUGUGUAGAUGGAACACAUGUGGCCAUGGUAAGACCAUCAGAGAAUGAGGAUUGGUAUUUCAACCGAAAACACUACCAUUCCAGAAAUGUGCAAAUUAUAUGUGAUUUUGAUCUAAAUAUUAUAAGUGUAGAUGCAUGUUUUGGUGGUGCUACCCAUGAUUCACACAUCUUUAACCAACAUGCAAUCAAAAAUCACCUAAUUGAUUUAGUGAACCAAGGGGAGACAGUGUAUUUGUUAGGUGACUCGGGGUAUGCACAAAGAGAGUACAUGAUGACACCAAUUGUCAAUGCUGCAGCUGGUUCUCCAGAAGAAUUCUAUACACAAAUACACUGUUCAGCUCGUAACAGAGUGGAACGAACGAUAGGGUUAUUAAAGGCACGUUGGCGGUGUUUGCUGAAGCAUAGGGUGCUUCAUUAUAAACCAGACAUGGUUUCAAAAAUAAUUAACGCAUGUUGUGUGCUACAUAAUAUGUGUAACACAGCACGCAUCCCCUCCCCCAGCGAAGUUAACCCUUCGCUGUCGUCGGGCACCGCGCAGCAGCCAUCGUCGGAGCCCGCGCCGAGCGCCGCCGCGCACAGCGCUGGAGCCACGCUGGAACUGCGCAGAGGAGUUGAAGCCCGGCAACGUAUAGUGAAUAUGUUGUGGACAAGGAGACGAACAAAUUAAUAAAGAUAUAUCAUAUUAA